UCUUCAACUCAGCGCCUCAGCGGAGAUGAAAUAGAAAUUGAAUUUUGAUGGUGGAGAAAAAAGAAAAAAUGAAAGUGACGUCGGUACUCUUCAGUUUGGUCUUUGUAUUCACAUUCUUUCCCUCGCAGAAAACAGCCAAAAACCAUCUGAAAGCAGUGAAGCUUACACAAAUCAAAUGGGAUCUCAAAGGUACAAGAACGCUCUUCAGCUCCCGCAACUCUUGCGCCUGCUCGUGCGCCAUGUCUCAACCCAACAACAAAUCCUCUCCACAAAACUCGUUAUCUACUACGACCCCUCAGCGCAACUGUCUUACAUGGAAAUAUCUCAGAAAUUCUACGAAGCUAUGAAAGCCUGCGCGUCCCUCAAGUCCACACCCAUUGCCCAAAAACUCCAUGCCAAGCUCAUAUCCACCGGACUGGAUUCCUCCAUUUUCCUCCAGAACCAUCUCUUGCACUUGUACUUCAAUUGCAAUUUGAUCGAUGACGCUUCCCGGGUUUUUACCAAUAUUGAGCAUCGUAAUGUUUAUAGUUGGAAUACGAUGAUAAGUGGGUUGGUUGGGUCGGGUCGAAUGGGUGAAGCAGAGAAGAUGUUCGAGGAAAUGCCUGAAAGAGAUUCUGUUUCUUGGACUUCGAUGAUGUCGGGCUAUUUCCAUAAUGGGCAAGCGAAAAAUACUGUAAAUAUGUUUUCUUGGAUGAUACGGGAUGGUAACUGUGUUGAUGACUCAUUUUCCUUUACUUGUGCAAUGAAGGCUUGUGGUAGUCUCGGCUACAUCAAGUUGGCUCUUCAAUUGCACGGUCUUGUGGAGAAGUUUGAUUUUGGAAGCAACAUGUAUAUGGCUAUUCAGAAUUCGAUAAUGGAUAUGUAUAUUAAGUCUGGAAAUGUGAGUCAUGCAGAGAGAGUGUUUUUAAGAAUCCCAGACCCGAGCUUGUUUUGUUGGAACAGUAUGAUCUAUGGUUAUUCUAAACUGUAUGGGGUAGAAAGAGCUCUUGAUUUGUUCAACCAAAUGCCUGAACGUGACUGCGUGUCUUGGAACACAAUGAUUUCAAUCUUAUCUCAACAUGGCUUUGGGGUUCAGAGCCUUAGUAUGUUUGUUGAGAUGUGGAAUCAAGGUAUUAGACCGAAUUCCAUGACAUAUGCCACUGUCCUAAGCGCAUGCACUAGUAUAUAUGAUCUGGAAUGGGGUGCCCAUUUGCAUACUCGGAUUGUUCGCAUGGAACCAGCUGUUGAUGUUUCUGUGGGUGGUGGUCUGGUUGAUAUGUAUGCAAAAUGUGGAUGCUUAGAAUUUGCUAGGUGGGUAUUCGAGAGCUUAAUGGAACAAAAUGCAGUCUCGUGGACUUCUUUAAUCAGUGGAUAUGCACAGUUUGGGCUUGAAGAAGAAGCUUUGAUACUGUUUAAUCAAAUGAGGGAGGCUCCUGUUGCCUUGGAUGACUUUACUCUUGCAACGGUUCUUGGGGUUUGUUCUGGUCAGAAGUAUGUUUCUAUUGGGGAGCAGCUGCAUGGAUAUACAAUCAAGAGUGGAAUGGAUUACUCUGUUGCCGUAGGGAAUGCUGUUGUUACAAUGUAUGCCAAGUGUGGAAAUGCUCAGAAAGCAAACCAUGCGUUUGAAUUAAUGCCAAUUAGAGAUAUAAUAUCAUGGACAGCGAUGAUCAGCACAUUCUCUCAGAUUGGUGAUAUUGAAAAAGCUCAUAAAUAUUUUGAUAAAAUGCCAGAGCGGAAUGUCAUAACUUGGAAUUCAAUGUUAGGCACAUAUACACAACAUGGCUUUUGGGAAGACGGUCUCAAGUUGUAUACUAUAAUGCAAAGGCAAGGGGUUAAGCCUGAUUGGAUCACAUUUGCUAUUUCAAUUAGUGCCUGUGCUGAUUUAGCAAUAUUAAAACUUGGUAUCCAAAUUGUAACUCAAGCUGAAAAAUUAGGGUUUGGUUCUAAUGUUUCAGUUGCAAAUAGUGUUGUUACUAUGUAUUCCAGAUCUGGACGAAUUGAAGAAGCACAAAAAGUUUUUGACCUGAUACAUGAGAAAGAUUUGAUUUCGUGGAAUGCAAUUAUGGCAGGAUAUGCUCAAAAUGGUCUAGGUAGGAAAGUAAUAGACAUUUUUGAGAACAUGCUGAAGAUGAAGUACUCACCUGAUCAUAUAAGCUACGUAUCUGUUCUAUCGGGUUGUAGCCAUUCGGGGCUUGUAACAGAAGGAAAGCAUUACUUUUAUUCCAUGACUAAAGAUUUUGGCAUCUCUCCAACAUCUGAGCAUUUUGCUUGUAUGGUGGAUCUGCUUGGUCGGGCUGGAUUACUAGAGGAGGCCAACAAAUUGAUUAAUGAGAUGCCUUUUAAGCCAAAUAUUGCUAUUUGGGGGGCUCUGCUAGGUGCUUGUCGGACCCAUCGUGACUCAGAAUUAGCAGAAUUUGCAGUGAGGAAUUUGCUUGAGUUAGAGGUGGAAGACUCUGGUAGUUACAUCCUUCUAGCAAAUAUGUAUUUAGAUUCUGGAAAAUUGGAAGGUGUUGCAGAUGUGAGAAAACUGAUGAGAGAGAAAGGAAUCCAUAAGAUUCCUGGUUGUAGCUGGAUAGAGGUUGAAAACAGGGUACAUGUGUUCACUGUAGAUGACACUAAUCACCCGCAAAUCAAGGACAUUUACAGAAUGUUGGAGGAGAUCAUGAAGAAGAUAGAAGAUACAGGAAGCUACAUUAAUGCAUUUAGCUCUCUUCGUUGUCAGGGUUACCACAGUGAGAAGCUUGCUGUGGCUUUUGGCUUGAUUAGCCUGCCUAAUUGGAUGCCUAUCCAAGUAAUGAAGAAUCUUCGAGUUUGCAAUGAUUGUCACUUGAUAAUAAAGCUGAUUUCUCGUGUUACCUCAAGGGAACUUAUAGUGCGAGAUGGAUACCGAUUUCAUCAUUUCAAGAAUGGAUUUUGCUCUUGUGGAGAUUACUGGUAAUCUGGAGGGAAAUUCAGGGAAGAAGCAACCAAUAAGCUCUCUAGCCCUCAAGCUCUGCUCUCCAUACGCUUCUUGGUUUUCAUCAUGAUGUUCGUGAAAGAAAUGUCUGUCCAGGUGGAAAGAACACAACUCUGAAGAAUAUUGAGGUGUAGCAUAAGAAAGCCCUGGAAGAGGAUCCUGAGUUUAUGAUUAAAUGAAAGGGAAAGCUCUUCAUCCUCUGAGCACAAGAUCAUGAAGAGAGAAAGGUUUGUGUUGACGGAGCCAGUUAUAUAAAGGGACCAGAGUUGUUGACGAGGAUUCAGGCAACUGGCUAGUAUUAGACUCAAUUUUUCAAAUGAAUGAUUUGAAGACCUAUUGAUUCUAACAACUGAUUGCAGAGUUGAUCAUUUGGACGUUUCAAUUCGAAUAUGUGGAUCUCAGACCUAUGAUUUUCCUCUUCCUCACGUCGAUGUUCUAGUGGACAACACCCUUGCACAAGGUUCAUCCACGGAGGGUGAGUCAGAGCCUAAUAUUAGACCGAUAGUCGUAGUCGAUGGAUUAGCUAGAAGGAAAUGGAAAUUGAGAGGUGUACUUCCCUCUGUUAGUGAGGAGUCCAAUGGUGACAGUGAGGGCCUUAGGUGUGAUCCAAAAACAUCUUUAAUUGUAGUAGUAGUGACGAUGAUGUGUUUGAUGAUCAAGGGCCACUUUAUGGUUAUACUCCACAGAAAGGGUCGUGGAAUUACCUUUAGGGUGAUGGUGAGGGUGAUGGGCAAGGUGAUAGUGAUGGUGAGGUGGACGGUGGAAGUGGGGAUAAUGGUGAGGGUGAAUGCAACAGGGACACCGAAAGAAGUGAUGUAUUGUUUUGAAAUACUUCAGUUUCUUCAUUCUCAGAGUUGGCCAAAACCCAUCAGCUGUGAUCAAAGCAAUUUCCUUAGCUACAACAUAGGAAGCAAAGUCGAAAAUGCCAAGACGUGCUCUAUUAAG